AUGACAAGCAAUGUUGUCGAUCGUCUCAGUGUAAAAACGACAUUAUCAACAAUUAUUCCAAGUUUAUUGAACAAGACUACAAUAGAAAUAAGGUCGGAUGAUGGUUUGAUUGAUCCAUCGUAUGCUAUUACAAUUGCAACUACUUUAGCAUUUAUGGUUGGAAUUACUCAGUUACUUUUAUGUAUUUUUCAUCUUGGAUUCGUUACUUCUUUUCUUUCCGAUUCAUUUAUUAGCGGCUAUACAACUGGUACUGCUAUACUGGUAUUUACUUCUCAACUACCAGAUAUUCUUGGUUUAUCGCUUAAACGAUAUGUUGGACCAUUCAAUAUUAUUUAUACAUAUGCUGAAAUAUUUACUAAUCUUAAAAAUAUCAAUUUUGUUACAUUAAUUAUAUCUACGUGUUCAAUAAUAACUCUUGUUAUUGUUAAAGAAUAUCUUGAUCCAUUUUAUAAGAAAAAAAUUAAAAAAUUAAAACUUUUUCAAAAUAUACAAAUACCUAUUCCGAUUGAAUUGAUUAUCAUCAUUGUUGGUACAUUGGUUUCGUAUUUAUUUGAUUUAAAUGGUCGUUAUAAAGUUAAAAUUGUUAAUACAAUUGGUCGUGGUUUUCGUAAGCCACAAGGUCCAGCAUUAGUACUUGUGCCUAGUUUAAUUAAAGAUGCGAUUAUGAUUGCUAUUGUUGCAUUAGCUAUUAGCAUUUCAUUAGUAAAAACUUAUGCAAAAAAAUUUAAAUAUUUUGUUAAUUCUAAUCAAGAAUUAGUCGCUUAUGGAGCAUGUAAUAUAAUUGGCUCAUUUUUUGGGUCAUAUACAAGUGCUGCUUCUUUAUCUCGUACAAGUGUUUAUGUUAAUGCCGGUGGUCGAACACAGUUAGCUAAUCUAAUCUCAUGUGCCUCUCUACUGAUUAUUAUUCUAAACAUUGGAUCAUUAUUCGAAUCAUUACCUAAAGCAUGUUUAGCAUCAAUUAUUGUUAUUGCUAUAAAGGGUUUAUUAUUACAAACAAAAGAUAUUUAUACAAUUGGUCAUGUAACAAAACUUGAAGCAAUUGUUUGGAUUGUAACAUUUUUAAGCACUGUUAUACUUGAUGUUGAUUAUGGUCUAUUUUUUGGUGUUAUUGUAUCACUUGUUGUGGUUAUUCUUCGACAAUUUCGGCCUCGUACAACAAUUCUCGGUCAAUAUGAACGUAGUGAAGUAUAUAAAAAUGCAAAACGUUUUACAAAUGUUCAUGAAAUUCCUUACAUAAAAAUUUUUCGCUUUGAAUCACCAAUUAUAUAUUUUAAUGCAGAUUAUUUCCGUGAAAGUCUAUUAGAUACAGUUGGUAUUGAUUUAAAAACUGGUCAAAGACGAAAUAUUCAAUCUAAUCAAUCACAUGACUAUGAUGUUAAUAUUCGUAGUUUAACACAUGUUAUCAUUGAUUGUUCAUCAAUCAGUCAGCUUGAUUAUAGUGGUGGAAAAAUUUUUCUACAAACAAUAAAAGAACUUAAUGAUUGUCAAUACAAAGUUUAUUUGUGUCAUUUAAGAUAUUAUAAUUAUGAUGUAUUAGAGAAACUUGAAAUGAAUAAGAUAUGUUCAGUAAUUGUUACGGCUACUGUUCAUGAUGCUGUUCAUAAUAUUCAAGAUGAAUUAGUGGAAAACAAUGACCAAUUAUUAUUAGCAAAUGUAGAACUCUAA